AGUCCAAGAAAAAUAACGUCUUUGUGAAAAAAAUUCAUACUCGGUAACAAAGAUCGAGCUUCCUCUUCUACUGUACAACACCCGUUUCAUUUUCUCUCUCUAGAUUCUCUCUAUCGUCGCACUUUCUCUCUCCUCCGAAUCACUCCAACUUCAUCCAUGGCGAACAGUAAUUUGCCUCGCAGAAUCAUCAAGGAGACCCAGCGUCUCCUUAGCGAGCCAGCUCCGGGUAUAAGUGCUUCACCGUCAGAAGACAAUAUGCGGUAUUUCAAUGUUAUGAUCCUUGGGCCUUCACAGUCUCCUUAUGAAGGGGGAGUCUUUAAGUUGGAGUUAUUUUUGCCCGAGGAAUACCCAAUGGCUGCUCCUAAGGUUAGAUUUCUUACCAAAAUAUAUCAUCCCAACAUUGAUAAGCUAGGGAGGAUAUGCCUUGAUAUUCUAAAAGACAAAUGGAGUCCUGCUCUCCAGAUACGGACUGUACUCUUGAGUAUUCAAGCAUUGCUGAGUGCUCCAAACCCUGAUGACCCUCUGUCUGAGAACAUCGCUAAGCAUUGGAAAACAAAUGAGAUUGAAGCAGUUGAAACUGCAAAAGAAUGGACCCGUCUAUAUGCAAAUGGAGCUUAAUUACAUGGUGACAAACAUUACCCUCUCAAAUAACAAGUGUGAUUUCUGUUAUCUGACUGAAUUAGAAAAUGAUUAUCAAGAGAUAAUCUAGGAGAAAUGAUGAUCAAUUGUGAGUAUAAGCUAGCAUAAGCUUAUGUUAUUCCUUCUAUCUUCCUUACCAUGUCGAAUCCCAUCCUUGGAAUUGUAUAAUUUGAACUUGCAUUGCAUAACUGGAACUGUUUUCUUGUCCUUAUCGAAGGGAACUAUAAUUUAAGUUACAUACAUACAA